ACGGAACAAGACUUUGGUGAGUGCUUGAAUAUAAUUUAUACUCCUAGAUUAAAAAGCCAAGGUCGUAAUCAACUUAAUUUGGAUUCUUUGAUGAGUAUCUAGCGUAAAACUCAACCUAGGACAAAAAAGAAUAGAAAUAGAUUGAAUUUUUAUUUAAUUCUUAGAUUCCACUCAUGCCAAACUUCCCUUUAAUGAAGCCAUUUUUGCACGCCCAUUGUCAAAUGCUACUGAGGAUUCCGUUCAAACUCAAACCUCCAAAACCCAAAACCCUAAUCUCUUUUCUUCUUACAUCUCGAACAUCACCAUCUUAUCACACAUUCUCUUUAUCUCUUUUGCAAACCCAUACACACUUCAACCAUUUCACCCAAAUCCUCUGUCAUGCCUUCACUUUAGGCUUCUUCGCUAACCCAUACAUUUCCAGCCAACUCCUCAGCCACUGUCUUUCAAAUCCUGAUUUUACCCUUGCUUUUUCUCACACCCUUUUCUCCCAAAUCACAAACCCUAAUGUCCUCUCUUGUAAUUUCCUCCUCCGUGCAUACUCCCACAGUUCAUUCCCUGAACAAGCCAUUAGUCUUUACAAUCAAAUGAUGCGGAAAAGUAUGAUUCUUGAUAAUUUCACUUUCCCUUUUGUACUGAAAGCUUGCGGUAGGUUAAAUAGUUUUCACAAGGGUGUUGAAGUUCAUUGUGUGAGUUUGAAAAUGGGGUUUGGAUUUGAUGUAUUUGUGCAAAAUGCAUUGGUUUAUAUGUAUUUCCAAUGUGGGGUUGUUGAGCUUGCACAGAAGGUGUUUGAUUUUAUGCCCGACUCAGGUCGAGACGUUGUCACUUGGAAUAGUAUGAUUUCUGGGUAUUUACAAUGUGGAUUUUGUCAUCAAGCAGUGAAAACGUUUAGAAAAAUGUUGCACGAAAGUGGUGUGAGGUUGAAUGAUGUAAGUAUUGUGAGUGCUCUUAUUGCGUGUGCAAGAACCGGGUUGCUUGAUUUGGGGAAGAAGAUUCACGGGUUGAUUGUUGUUUAUGGGCUUGUGAUUGAUGUGUUUCUGGGUUCUUCUUUAGUUGACAUGUACACAAAAUGUGGGCAGUUAGAGGAUGCUAGGAAGGUUUUUGAUAGAUUAUUAGAUAAAAAUGCAGUCUGUUGGACUUCUAUGAUUGCAGGUUAUUUGCAGUCGGAUAUGUUUAAGGAAGCAAUAGAGUUAUUUAGGGAGAUGCAGAUGGCUGGGGUUAAGGCCGAACCUGCCACAAUUGCAUGUGUUGUUUCUGCAUGUGGGCAUUCGGGUGCACUAGAUUUGGGAAGGUGGGUGCUUAAUUAUUGUGAAAAGAGUGGUAUUGAAAUGAACCUUGUAGUGAAGAAUUCUUUGAUUGAUAUGUACUCUAAAUGUGGAUUAGUUGAUAAGGCUCUUGAAGUUUUUCAUUCGUUAACUAAUAAGGAUGUUUAUUCAUGGAGUAUGUUGAUUUCUGGGUUAGCUAUGAAUGCAAGAUCCGAUGAGUCUUUGCAAUUAUUUUCACUAAUGGAAGGAUCGAGUGGAGUAAGGCCAAAUGGCGUAACAUUUCUCGGGAUCUUAUCUGCCUGUAGUCAUGGUGGGUGUGUUGGUGAGGGGUUUUACUACUUUGAGAAGAUGACCGGGCAAUACAAAUUGUCCCCCGGGGUUGAGCACUAUGGCUGCCUGGUUGAUCUCUUGGGCCGUGCAAAUCUUCUGGUUGAGGCUAUGGAGUUCAUCGGUUCCAUGCCCAUUCAACCAGAUGCUAUCAUUUGGCGAUCCCUGCUUUUCACUUGUAGUAGACACGGAAAUGUAGAGUUGGCGGAAGUUGCUGCCAAAAAGAUUAGUGAAUUGGAGCCAGAGAAAUGUGGGGCACACGUACUGCUGUCUAAUGCUUAUGCCUCUGCAUCUAGGUGGAAGGAUGUGAGAAUGGUAAGGAGGAAUAUGGGUGCUGAGGGAAUCCAGAAGCAACCUGGAUGUUCUUUUAUUGAAGUAGAUGGUUCUGUUCAUGAAUUUCUUGUUGCUGAUAGCGUACACUCUCAGAUUGACGUCAUAUGUGAUACACUUCAAGCAAUGAAUUUAGUUCUUAAAUCAAGAGUAUUUGAGCUUGAUUUUCUGGAUUAUUAGUGUUAAUAUAAUAAUAUUCCAGUUAUCACGUGAUAUCGUCCCAACAUAUAAGCCCAUUGGCUAAUUUUUUCCGAUAUAAAUGGCUAUGAUUAGAAGCAAUUCAUGCUCAUAUCUGCAUUAGGAUGAGAAGCUGGUGUCUUGAAGACUCUGUAUUGUGUUACAUAUUUGACAAUUCUUCUGGGGAGCAUGAGAAGUAUAUGUGGUUAUUACAUUUAAGUCAACUGCAUGUAUCUUACACCAUUGCUUAAUUAUAAAUCCCUGCAUAUGUUGGGCCAAAGUUGGAUGUUACCUUCCAGGAAUUGUUGAAAAUCCCAUGCAAAAUUUGACAAUGCAGAGAUGCUUACUGGUCUGGAUCCAAGGUGCUCAUGUUCUGCUGGAAGUGUGAGAUACACCUACCUGAAGCUGCUUAGCCCAUAUUUUGUUAAAGACCAGCAACUAAAGGAGCUACUAAGUGAUGCCAUCCAGCAGUCUCUGGAGUUCAUCCUUAAUUUGAGACGGAGGGAGUACUAUAUUCAGGGGCGGAGGUUGAAGGCAACUUAUGGAUUCGGCCGAACCCAGUAGGUUUGUCCUAAACCCUGUAUUUGUGGUUUGAAAUUCACUAAAUAUAUACAAAUUUUAAAUUAGCGCUUGAAAUCAUUGUUGUAGAAUUCAGAACCUAUAAAGUUCAAAUUCUGGAUCCACCUUUA